UUGUACCGCUUCCCUGUUAAGCUGUCCUCCCUGUGGACUGCUAACGAUGACUCUCAGGUAACAGCACUACCCUCCCCUGCAAAAAACGCAGCGCUCCUCUUGGAGGAGCCCCGGAAUCCCCGAAGAGCGGCACUGGGUGGCUCAGCUCCGAGCUCCUCCUACUUGAUAUUGUUCGGAAUUUGAGACGGACACAGAGCAGGAGCCCGACCGGCGGCAGCGGCGGGCUAAUUUCCUCUGGCAUUGCCUUCUCCACAAAGGAAUUGGCACCAACAUCCAUAGUGUUUGGCAGGAGGUAGGGCGCACGUCUGCACCCUACAACCAAGCCGGUCACUGACUGCCGGCUGGAGUCUACAGGCCCGGCAUCAAUAGCCGCCGAGAUUGUUUCCAUCAUCAUCCUCGCUGGCAGGGAUUACGGUUAAUUGCUUUAUUCAGACGCAGUACUGGGCCGCCGACAUCUGGUGACUUGGAAGACAAGAAGCAGUUCCCUUGUUGUGCUGCCGUCGCUGGGAUGUAAGGAACUAAGCCAGAGCAUCUCUUCCAGUACUGACUUGGGCAUCUUACCAGAAGGAAUUACUUAAGUGCUGUCACAAUCGAAAGUUCCCAGCUGCAAGGAAUUUAUGAGAUCCCAGUAAAUGUGUUGUGUCAGUGGUGUUAUAUGUCGGGGUGGGUACUGAGCGCAGGGUACCCUCAUCCCAUCUAGUCGGGUUUAGAACCGAUUGCUGUGCUGAGGGAAUCCGGAACAAGAAACUAUGAACUAAUUUUUUUGUAAAUGGUCGCUGCUAAAAGAACUAGCAUUCCCCCUGAACAGGGGAGUGUGUCGAAAAUCACAGGCUGUGCAUUAUUUCUCUGGUUUUUGAUCAGCCUCGAUGUCUUCAGUCUAAAAGAGACUGGAAAGUUUCUGCCAACCUAAAGUGAGUUUAACACUGAAAGAGGCAACACACUAUGGUAAUACAUGUCUGCUUGUGAGCACCUGUACCAUUGGCAUCCCAUAGCUCGCAGUAGGCUGACAGCUGUUAUCCAGUCCAAAUAUUCCUUCUUCUUGAGUCAGGCUUCUGUGACGUCUAGUCUGCGGAACCUUGUUGGGGUCAGGAUUAAGGAACUGUUCCCCAAUUCCUUGGAUGCCUGUGGAAAAACUUAGUUCCUGCUCUUUUGCUUCUUUGCCAGGUUUGCCUGGACCUUUAUCAGAUGUGGGUCAAGUAAUUCUGCAGCAUAAAAAUUGGAAAAUUUUAAAAUGGCUACUUUCUUCUGUUAGUUAACUUGUUUGGUACUGUGCAUCUUGCAACAGGGAAGCCUGCAGCUUUCUCUAACCUUGGGACUGCAGAAUAUGAGUUAUAGCACAUGUGUUUGGAAGCUUCAGUGAAGAGGGCUUUUGAUGUUCUCAUGAGGCAUACCUUGCGACUGCAGGAGAUGUAAAACUUGGAAGAUUGAUGUUGGAUACACACUUUCCGAGGUAAUUUUGCAUUUUGUUAUAGUAAACAGACUGUGAGAACAUUAAUAACGCCAUGACUGUAAUUGUCCUGUGAAAGCUGCAUAUACAGCGGCAUUUUUCCAUUUACUACAUGUCCAACAGUUAAAUAGCUGUCGUAACUCUGAGCUGACAUUCACCGUCUGGAGCUCUGUCAUCUUCAGGGACAAUCAACCUGUGUCUGCACAUUCCAAGAAGCAAAAGGUGUUCUGUCAGAAGAGGUUUACAUUCCACUCUAUGAACAUUUUUCCAUAUUACCAGCAGGGUGUUUUUUGUGGUUGAAGAUCCUUGCCUUGAUAUCAAACAUGGCAGGUUUGCCAGAAUGGAAAUUGCAGCUUCUGGAACGGAAGAGGCGGGAGGAAGAGGAUGCUAAACGGAAGGAUAAGGAACAGCAAGAGCGGCUAGCAAAUAUGCCUGCCUGGAAAAGGGAGAUUAUUGAGAGAAGGAGGGCUAAACUGGGAACGAGUGCAUCCUUCUCAGAAUCCAGUGAGCCAGACAGUGGAACAGCUCAGUCCCCCAUUAGUAGCCAGCUUCACAGCCUGAGUGGGUGCACUGUUUCUCCAGUAGGGUUAGACUCUUCAGUGGGCCUUACUGAUGCCUUUAGUAGCUGUUUUGAACCACAGGACAGUGCAGUUCUUCAGGAAAACAUUGGUCCCAUCCACCAAAAUCCUUUUAUUAAAUUGGAAAAGCAGAGGAAAGAGGCAGCUGAGGUGGAGCCAGCCUCCCGGGUCCGGCAGAUAGCCGAUCUUUAUAGUCAGCUGCCAGGUGUAAGAACCAUUCGUGCUGAAAACAUCAUCAUCAUUGAGUCAGACCCUCAGUACUUCAUGAAGCAAGAGAAAAGGGAUGAAGUGAAAGCAAAGAGUGUUGAGGCCCUCAAUAACCUGAUUUCACAGCAUGGCAAGAGUGUGACCGAAAUUCGGGCGUCUGAAGUAGUCAUUAUCAAGUCUUCAUUAAGUCGCAGUGUAGAGGAUCUGAAUACAUUGAACAAGGAGGAAGGAUAUAGAGGAGAGGUUGCCUCUCAUGAGGGCAGAGUGAGCAAACUGUUGAGUAAGUUUGAGCAUGAAAAAGAGUCUGAUCGGCGAAUGAAACCAAUGAGAUCCUGGAGUACUGAGAAUAUACUGGACAAAAGCUUACAAUCGUUUGGUGAGUCAUUUCAAAACAAAGCUCUCACUAGAGCGGAGGCUUUAAGAUCACAUAGUAACUCUGAGGAGCAUAUCUUGUACUCUGGAGCAAAAUAUGAUCAUGAGAAUCAGACAGCUGAAACCGACAGAAUCAGCCCUUUGUCUGUUUCAUCCUCACCUCUUUCCUGCACAUUUAAUGAUAAUGUCUUUUCAAAACAUCAGCCAGAUGUGGAAGCAGCAGAUGCUCAUAAAACGUUCUCUGAUGACUGCCUUCCACCUCCUCACACUGUAGCUUCAUUUAGGUCUCAGUUUGAAGCCAGAUCAUCUGAAACUCUGUCACAAGAAGCUCAUCUCCUCGAGUCCCCAAAGAAAUCGCUAGGCUACCAAAAUACUACCAAAACUAAGCCUUGGAUGAAAGAGUCAGGGUCAUCUUUUGAGGAAAGCGAUCAGCCAUAUAUUGAGGAACCUGUAAAGCACAGUGUAAGACCUACCCAUGUGAAUAGGGAGCCUGUGCUCACCUCUUCUACUGCCAGUGUAGUUUCUGCUAGUAAUGUCUGGAAAGCCAGGGAUAACAAUAGUCUUCAGAGAGAGACGUCCCUGGAGUAUGUUGAUACUCAGGCAUUAAAAGUGGAGAAAGAUCAUAGUUCGGUUAUUGACCAGAAUGAUAUAGUUUUGCCUACUUUUUCAAGUAAGCCUCAUCUUAGUCAAGCUCUGGAUGCAAAUGCAAAAUCAAAAAGGACUGUUAAUGCCACUGCAAAUAUUAACAGUAAAAGCGAGAAUAUCACCUCUGGAGAUGCACAUGCAAAUACAUUAAAUUUUGAAGCAUGUGAAUACACAGACAAGUCCACCCCAAAUCUCAAAAAAGCUGUUUCUGCAUCUACUAGUCUCAACAAUUCAUUUGAAAUCAAGCCCUCUCCCACUCCUGAUAUGUCACUUAUUGCAGACGAUGACAUUCAGGCCAAAGCUUUAGCAAACCUUCGAAUGCAGUCAAAAAAUUCAUUUGUUAUCAUUCCAAAACGUCAGCAGGCAGCUCCACCCUCUGAGACUGUCAUCGAACAAAAAGCAGCAAGGGAAGUGGCCAGUUUGCCUGAGCCGGUCACAGUCAGCAACAACAGCAACAACCAGGCUUCCUGUUCCUCUUCCUGUGCAAGUAGAGAAUCUUUGGCUUCAGCAGUUCAACAAGAGUCUUCUUCCUCUUCUCUUCUUACAGCUAAGCAGCCCGUUACAGACAGUGUUUCCAGUGACAGAAAACAAGAAAAUGUGGCGAUACAAGUAGCACAUUCCCUGCUGCCCAGUCUGGCAUUGCAGGAAGGACUAGAGGUGAAUGACCCUACAGCAGAAGCUGCCGAGGACACUGCUGCCAUGAGUCGGAUUUAUAACUUAAAGCCAGUCUCUGUGCAGACUAGAUCAACAUCUCCAGUCCCUGAGGAACCCAGGAUUCCUUCAGUAGCCAUCCGUUCUGUGAACAAUGCCUUAAGCAGAGCAGAAAAAGCAGUUGCUCAGGUACAGCCAAUUUCUGUCAAUAGCAUUGUUAGUGAAGAAUGCCAGGUAGGGCAGCAAAUGCCUGCUAUCACCUCAGAUGACACAGGAUUGACUGCAAAAGGAUCACGUCCACAGUCACAAUUCAGAGGUCAUGUUCGCUCUGGAAUGGUGGUCUCCUCCUCUGCAGCCCCAGCGGCAGAGCCUGUUAAUAAAAUUGUUCACCCUGCCAUGCAGCGGAAGGGAAACACCUUUACUGUUAACCCUCGCAAGAUUACAACACCUAAACCUGCUGUAGAGAAUGGAUGCCCUGCAGAAGCAGUGGAUGCUGAUUCCACAGAGAAGCUUGAAGUCCCCAAAGUAACUCCGCUGAAGAAGCGCUAUCCAACAGCAGAAGAAAUACAGGUGAUAGGUGGAUACUUGUCUUUGGAGAAAUCCUGCCUGGCCAAGAAUGACAGCAGCAGGGCCAAGUUGAAGAUCUCCUUCAAUGAGAGUCAUUUAGAAUCUACAUUUGAGUAUCCAUCAGAAACUGCUAUGAUGGAAGAAUUUGGUCCAGAAGAAGAAGCAGAUAAAGCCCCUCCAAGCCGCCCUGCUGAAGAUGAUGAUGAAGAAGAGGUUGUAUUACCUGUGCAUACCAUCCCUGGAUCACCAAUGGUCAGUGGUGCUAGACGAAUAAAGCAAAUUAUCGUAGAUGAAUCAUGUCGUCGAUAACAGGAGGCAGAACAGAGCAAACACUGCCACUUCAGCUUUGCUUCUUUUUAUGUACCUGCAAGUAUCUCCUCCAACACUGUUUGGGAGAUGUCGGUGUUUCAGCAUAGAUUCUGACAUUCCAGUCCUGGUCCAUGCUACUCUCCAGGGAUCGUGUGACCACUGUUACAAUCUCCUCAGAGGUCACUGGAAAUACAAAUCUGGGAUUCAUUUUUCUCUCCCAUUUGAAGGUGCUGCAGAACAUUUUUCCCACUGAUGCCAAGGAACAAAAAUGUUUGAUUAGUUUUGAUCUUUUACAUGAAUUACUUCCCAGUUUGAGAAGUUUUUAUGAGAAAAACUGACAAGAUGUUUAGUGUCACGUACUUUGAAGUGGCAAUCAAAGAACUUUUAUUUUUGUUUCCAGAUGUGGUCAGUUUUUGCAUGACUUCAUGGGAUGAGUCACUUUAGGAUUUGGCAGGACAUUCUUUCUCUUCAUUCCCUGCACUUUUUUGAGUGGUUUGCAGCAGGGCUGAGUAAAGGAACUAUUCUGGCUGCAGUGGAAAAGACCACUUUUAACAAAGGCUGCACUGUUCUUUUUAGCACUUUCCAUACUGCCAUUUCACUUCCAGCCAUUGCCAGUCCAAUUCAGGCUGGCCUGUUAUGAAUCAGUUGUGACUGUGGUUUGAAUUAGGCAUGACAAGGGGUUUUCAUUCAGGAUUGAGUUACUUGAUGCUGUGUGUUUGUGUGUGUGUGUGUGUGUGUGUGUGUGUGUGUGUGUGUGUGUGUGUGUGUGUGUGUGUGUGUGUGUGUGUGUGUGUGUGUGUGUGUGAGUUGGUAGUAAGAAGUUUUUCACAUAAAGAUGCUGAUGAACGUUUUUUAUGGACUGUUAUUGAGAAGCAAAAACCACUUCACCCAAACUGGACUUUGCCUGUUACAAAUGUUUGUGCAGUGUGUUUACUCUCCCAAUAGGUCAAAAAGGGGGUAAAAGUUUAUCAUACCACUAGUGAGGGAGCAAAACCGAUGUUUCAGGAAAGUUUACAAGAUGAUAAAAAGCAGCAAAGAUUUUGUUUAGGAGGGGGUUUCUUACUUGUUAGAGUUCAUACACACUCCAUUCAUAUGCACUGCCUAAUCUGUACAUCAAGCCAGUGGCUCAGCUGUUAGCUUGGAGUACAAGUUUAUGCAUAUCUUUUCUUUAUGUGAUGAUUAAGACAAGAGGUCAGUUAAGCAACUUGUUUCAUUUGCUAUUUUGGUUAUUCUUGCUAGAUGCAACGUAAAGUAAAUAACACGCUUUUCAUCCAUUUCUAUUGGAGAUGCAUCUUUCAGAUCAUUCAUUUGGUGGUGUUGUACUACCAAGCUGGCCUUAAAUCUCUUUCCAGCAGCUGAAUUUUAAGUCUAGUCUCAGUUAUUCUCUUACUUGUCCCCAUAGCUGGUUUAACCUAGCCUUAGCCUUCUGUUACUGCCCUGAGCUUCGGCAAUUCUAAGUCUCUGCUUCCAUUUUAGCUGCCUGCUCUAGUCUCAGGAUUUUCUCUGUUAACGAUAUUGUAUAUCUCCAGGCUGUGUUUAUUAGCAAUAUUUUUAGCUGUUCAGUUUAUCUUAUAUUUCACUGUAGCUUUCUAUGCACAAAGUAUGAGGAGCCAGAACUGUCUGGGCUUCCAGACAUUUUUUUAAUUCAUGUAUGUCUGUUUCCCAGGCACUCGCUGCAAUGCACACGCAGUCAGGUGAUGCGUCCUGCAGGAUGGUUCCAGUAUAAUAUGGGUCAGUCAUUUACUUGCAGCUGAUGAAAUGUGUGAAAAUGCAUUGUUGCUGCAGGGAUGUAAAACUAGGCAGCAGUGUGUGUAUUCAUUAUAGAUUACUCUGGAAGACAAUGCUGUGCAGACACUCCUUCAGCAAAGUAAACUAACUGAGCUGGCAGGCAAGCAAGACACAAGCUAAUAAGUAGAGAUUUUAAGAACCAUACCACUGUCUAGUGGAGUGGUAGUUAUUUCCUUGGAGUAGUACAACUGACCAACAGUAUGUCCAUGAAUGGUAGCUGACAGGUAAUUCUUCCAUAAAAGUUACAUUUUUUGAAGGACAGAGAAGUGUGGCUCAGGAUGGAAUGAGCUUGUUAGCAUUCAGUGACCCUUUACUGCCUGCCAAAAUGUAAACUUGAGACAAAUGAUAUUUUUACUUCCUCCUUGAAUGCAUCUGGUUCCACAUUAUGGAGUUGUGUAUAUGUCUCUGAGCAGGGAAAUGCUGAAUUGGAUAAACGAGUUUUAUGCUACAUGUGCUUCUUACAUUUAUACCUCGGUGGAAAUCACAGAAUGCCUCUAGAAUAUAAGAUUCUACAUGAAUAAACCCUUUUAGUGUUAUUUGAAGUGUAGUAUGUGACAUGCAGUUAAACCUCUCAUAUUCCUGUUACUGUCCGUGGGAGAGCCAAAUGCAAACAAAAAGGAAAAUUAGAUUAGAAAGAUUGCAGCAAAAAAGCUGGAGAUGUGUGUGUGUUGAAUGUAGAUGUGUGAGUAGUAUAUAUAUAUUUUUUAAACAUGACACACUGCUUAUAAUUUUUGCACUUAAGUGUCAUUUCUUUGUGUUAGACACUCUAGUGUCAGUCUUUGUGAUAGAGAGAGAGAGAGAGAGAGCAACAGAAAAUACUGUGCUGAGUAACAUUUAGUGGAUGUUAAGUGCUGCUGAAUUCGCCUCAGUUUCCAGUGACAGGUUCACCAGUAGGGUUGCCACCUUUUCAAAUGGCCAAAGUGGGACAUUUUUGGUACAUAAGAUCAGAUUUUACAGGCCGACACAUACCCACGGUUAGUACAAAGGUUAGA